AUGGCCGCCAUGAGUGCGUCAUUCGUGACUUUCAAGACCGCCGUCGCGCCCCGCAUGCGCGGUCGCGCCGCUAAGCUCACCCGCGCCACUCGCGGGUCCGUCGCGACCCGGGCCUCCGUCGUGAAAAUAAGCGUGAACGAGGUCAAGGACCACCUCGAUCGCGGCUUCGUGCUUGUCGACAUCAGGGACCCCGACGAAGCGCGGGAGACCGGCUACAAAUCCUCGUGGAAGAAUAUCGUGCUCGCCGCCAUGGACGAGGACGGGCGGAUCCACAUGAACCCGAACUUCCUCGCGCAGAUCCGCCAGGAGUUCCCCAACACCAUGUCCAGGAUCCUGAUCGCGUGCGACGACGGGACCACCAGGUCCGAGAAGGCUGCCGCUGCCAUCGUGGAAAAAUGCGGAUACACCCAGUGCAAGGUCAUCGACGGUGGCAUCGACGCCUACCUCAAGGCUUACCCGCUGACCCAGGCUGAUAAGGUGAAGUGGAAGAUGAGGCCGGAGAUCGGCGAGGACCUCUCCGUGCUCGUCUCCGGCGUGGACACCAGGCAGGCGGGCCAGAAGUACUACUAG